ACUGGUAGUCAGUCGAUUGAUUUUCUCUCCCGGUGUUCAUAGGCAAGGCUUGCAUUAACCUCAGAAGACUCUAACCUUGGAAUAUUUACUGAGAAAACGAAGUUAAACUGAUACACACUUCAAUGUAGCAUAAACCCACGAGGUUGAAUUUAAUAGAAUAACUCUGGUUCGAAUGGUUUUCCUUUAUUGUGACUGGACACAUUUCCUUUUGACAACAUUUGGUGGCCACCCACCUCAACACGUUUGACGCAGACAGCAGCCCAUUUGUCGCGUGGUGUGAGGACAGUUGGUCUGAGGACUUGGUCAAAUAUUCCUACAACUUCACAUGGGAGAAAAAGCCUGAAAUAAUUGAUAAAGGUUUCCUGUUUGGUCAAUGGGAUGUUAGAGGUCUGGAGGCGUGCCAGAACUGAAGGAGCAUGGUGAAGCACCAACCCCUGCAGGUUUACGAGAGGCAGCUGUGUUUGUCAUGUCUCACAGGGAUCUAUGGGUGCCGGUGGAAACGGUACCAACGGUCACAUGAUGACACCACUAAGUGGGAGUUCCUGUGGUCUCUCAUCCUCUUCUUCACCUUCUCUCUGCUCCUGGUCUGGUUCUACUUCUGGUGGGAGGCACACAACGACUACAAUGAGUUCAACUGGUUUUUAUAUAACCGCUCUGGGGAGUGGAGCGACGGGACCGUUCCAAUCCUGGCCACUACCGCUGCCGGCUUCACUUAUAUUGCAUUUUUAAUGAUUUUAGCACUUUGCCACAUAGCAGUGGGACAACAGCUGAACUUGCACUGGCUGCACAAGAUUGGAGUGAGUGCUGCCCUGCUGACCACUGCCAUUGGAUUCAUAUCUGUCAAUCAAACAUGGGGGGAGGAGUGGGCAGUCAUCCCUGUAUCACUCCAGGCCACGGGUCCCUUCCUACACCUAGGAGCUCUGGUGGCUGUCACCGCUCUGGCCUGGCUGGUGGCUGGGCAGAUCGCCCGCACAGAGAAAAUAAGGUUCCAGGUGGUGGUUCUCCUGCUCUACCUGAGUGUUCUACUGGGCCUCUACAUGGCCCCCCUUUCCAUCACCUCCCCCUGCAUCAUGGACCACACCAACCUCACUCCACGCCCUGAUGUCAUUGGCCACCAGGGCGCCCCCAUGCUGGCUCCAGAGAACACUAUCCUGUCUUUCCAGAGGGCUCUGCAGAUGAACGUCAGUGGGCUGGAGGCUGACGUGGCCAUCAGUUUUGACGGGGUGCCAUUUCUGAUGCGAGACCGCACCUUGAGGAGGACUACAGAUGUGGGGAAGGUGUUUCCAGCCAGACAGCUGGACGAUGCCUCCUCAUUCAACUGGACAGACUUACACAGCCUCAACGCCGGCCAGUGGUUCCUCAAGGACGACCCCUUCUGGACGGUCCAGUCCAUGGCUCAGAGGGAGGUGAUGCUGGUGGGGAACCAGGGUGUGUGUAGUCUGGAGCAGCUGCUGAGGCUAGCCUCCCUCCAUAACCAGACAGUGGUUUUUAGCCUGCGACGACCCCCGCACAGACACCCCUGCUACCACAGUUGGAUCAACGAUACCCUGGAAGUCAUACGCCUAUCUGGGAUUCCACAGCACCUGGUGAUGUGGACCCCAGACUGGGACAGGGGGCAGGUAAGACAGGUGGCUCCAGGGCUUCAGCAGACAUCAGUAGAGAAGCUGCCGCCUCAAGUCCUUCACCAGCAGGGAAUCAGCAGCCUGCUGCUACGUUACAGCCAGGCCAGCCCCUAUGACAUCCGAGAGUUCUCCAGGAGCAACGUGAGUGUGACUUUGUACACGGUCAACGAGCCCUGGCUGUUCUCUGUGCUCUGGUGCAGCGGGGUUUCCUCUGUCUCCUCUGAAGCCCCCAACAUCCUCAGAAAGGUGCCUUACCCCAUCUGGCUCAUGAGUCCAGAUGAAUACUGUCUGAUCUGGGUCGCCGCUGAUCUCAUCUCCUUCACUGUAGUUAUAGGAAUUUUUGUAUUCCAAAAAUGGAGGUUGAGUAGCAUGCACAGCUACAACCCUGAACAGAUCAUGCUGAGUGCCGCAGUCCGGAGGUCCAGCAGAGACGUCAACAUUAUGAAGGAGAAACUCAUCUUCUCCGAGGUGAGCAAUGGUGUGGGCAGUGCUGAGGACCUGUACAUGGAGAAUGGCUUUGACUACUACAACAACGAAGGCAUCUCCCAUUGACUCUCACUCUACUAAUGUGAAUCUACUGAAAGACACCUGACUCUACUAGCAUGUGGAAACUGAGUAAAUUAAGACUUCCAAGUGACUGUCUUGUCUGUUCUGAUUACUCUUGUUUUACUCAGUGUAUCCAGAUAGUUAUUGGUUUGUUCCUCCUACUUACUAACUGAUUGAUUGACAGGCUGCUGUAUUACUGAAGAAUCGCAGGCAAGCACCACCCAUUGCUUUGUACAUUCUGUAAAUAGGUUUGUUUUUGCUUGUUAAAAACAGAUGUGGGACUAAAAUCACUUUUUAUUGAUGAACCAAUUGAUUUGUCAGAUUUGUGGCCUCUUCUCACCUCUAGAUCACUUUAUUUUUUAUUUUUUACAACUUGUUUGAAAAUAUAUUGGCCCAUUAAAUAUUGUUUUUCACUCAAACCUCCCGUGGGCAGGGAUUGAAUGGGCUCAUGGGCUGUAGUUUGCCCACCCCUGCUCUAGAUGCUUUGGAGGCCCCCCCAGUUACCAAUGCUUGUUUAUUAUUAAGAACCUAUUAGUUUUUUUUUAAACGUAUUUACUUGCAGUCACUUUAUAGCACAGCCAAUUCUUAGUUAUUUCGAGGAUUUGACUACUUGUGCAGCAUUGCUCCUAAUUCCUGCCACGUUUGGGUGCUAUUCUAAUUUUUAGGAAGAAAAACAACAGGAACAAGCUGUUUACAGAGGGUCCUGCCUUCUCCGACUAAGUGAAAUAUUUACAUGAUGUAAGAUAAUGAUUUGAACAGCAUUUCCUUCAUCCAUGCUUGUGACAUCGAAUGACUUGUGGAGCUGUGCUGUCUCAGGCAGGGCUUGUGUUCAGGCAGAACUGCUGGGUAUGUUUUCGGUUCAUUGUGAAUGUUUUGAUUUUUAAAGGAUGUGAACAGUGUAUUAUGGCAGUAGAGAUUUCACCACCUACCCCAAGUAUGCAGUUCUACAUGGAGUGUGUACAUGUUACAAAAGUUUUAUAUGCUAUGGCUGUCUGAACAUUAUAUUGGAAAUGUGAUGCAUAAUAAUAGCAAUAGUGUUGAGAAGUUUAUGAAAGUCAAGUCAUUUAAAUAUUUUGCAGACAAACUUCUCAAUGGCAUUUGAACAGCAAACUGCACCAUAUAGAGUGACAUUAAAGGGUAUCUUUUAUGUCGUGAUGAAGUGGGGUGUGCUAUAUUAACUGUGAAAAUAAAGCUCUAGGCUGUUGAAGGGACAACGCUGAGUAUCAGAAUAGUUCACACAGGGUCAAGGAAUGGAUUGACUUGUGUUCAUUUACUCCUUUGGUAUUUGUGUGCCUCAAAGUCAACAUUAAAAUGCUUCUGAUACCAAAGUGA